AUGAUCCGCUCAACGCAAAUAGCAAGGCUCGACGGCCUGAUGCUCUGCGCCUCCGUCGACGACGAGCAACAAGAAGCCGCCCUCUCCGAGGUCAAGUCGCAAAUCAAGCAGGUCCUCCGCAAGCUCACGCGCAACUCGGAACCUCAAGCCAGCAUCGAAAGCGGCGCCUACAACCUAAACUACCUGAUCGACUCGGAUAUAACCUUCCUCUGCAUAACGGACCGCUCCUACCCGCGCAAGCUCGCCUUCACAUACCUCUCCGACCUCGCCCGCGAGUUCACGACAACCUACCCGAUCGCCCAACUCCACUCGCCGUCCCUGCGGCCCUACGCCUUCAUGGAGUUCGACACCUUCAUCUCCCGCACGAAAGCCACCUACUCGGACGCCCGCGCCUCCCAGAACCUCGACAAGCUCAACGACGAGCUGCGCGACGUCACAAAGGUCAUGACCAAGAACAUCGAGGACCUGCUCUACCGCGGCGACUCGCUCGAGCGCAUGGGCGAGCUCAGCUCGCGCCUGCGGGACGACAGCAAGAAGUACAGGCGGGCGGCGGUGAGGAUCAACUGGGAGCUGCUGCUGAAGCAGUACGGCCCGCUCGGCGCCCUGGGGUUCAUCGUCAUCGUCUUCUUCUGGUGGCGUUUCUUUUAG